CAAAUACAACAUUUCCAAACUUCCACAUCUAUCCUCUUCGUUACUCUUCUUUCCCGAUCCACCUUCUCACCGGAAGUUCCUGUUUGAAAUCUCCGAUCUGAUUUCAUCUUCUUUCAACCAUGUCCGGCAACCUCGGCUGUGUGAUCGUCGCCGUCGACGGCAGUGAGGAGAGCAUGAACGCCUUGACCUGGGCUCUCGACAACCUCAGGCUCCAAUCCCCCGGCCACUUCGUCGUCCUCCACGUCCAGUCUCCGCCGUCAAUCGCCGCCGGCCUCACUCCCGCCGCCAUCCCCUUCGGUGGGCCCAGCGAUUUGGAGGUGCCGGCGUUCACGGCGGCGAUCGAGGCGCACCUGAAGCGAAUCACGGAGGCUAUUCUCACACACGCUUUGGCGAUUUGCUCUGAAAAGAAGGUGAAUGUGAAAACCGAAGUGGUUGUUGGAGAUCCCAAGGAAAAGAUUUGUGAAGCUGUUGAGAAUUUGCAGGCUGACUUACUUGUCAUUGGCUCAAGAGCUUUUGGCCCUCUUAAAAGGAUGUUUCUCGGAAGUGUGAGCAACUAUUGUGCUAAUCAUGCGCAAUGCCCCGUGAUUAUUUCCAAGUCAAAGGCUGCUGCCUCAUAAGGAUAGCAUGGGGAUAUCUGUUACGCUAUUGCUCUGCAAGGUCAUCUGCAAAUUAACUGCUUCUAGGAUGUGUUGCUGGUAACUGCUCUUAUGUUGAGUGUGGCCUUACUCGAACAUCGCUUCAGGACCUACUGUAUAUGAGUGUCUUCGUAUACCCUGUAAUGCAUAGAAGAAGCCAAGAAGGUAGAGUUGCAACUAUUUCCUUUUGUUGGAGAUAAGUACUGUAAAUAUGAAUGCCAUUCAUUUACUUAGAUGUUUGAUUCUAUUGUACCAUAAACGGAUGAUUUGUUGACCUAAAGUCUUGGACCAUCUUUCACAUAUAUAAUCAGAAGAUUUUUUGUAAUUAAA